CUUUCUCAUCCUGAAAACAUUUACUUCAUCUGUAGGUGUAAAAGAAAAUCCAGAGCUGCUGUUCAACACGACAGUUCAGAGGAGGAAACAGAAAGAUCUGAGGUUUUCACUCAGUCCUGUUACCCUCACAUAUUGCCCCCUCUAAAAAACUUGGAACAUGCCACAAGACACAUUUUCAACAAGGAAGUUGCAUCAUCUGGAUCUUAUGCAGCCAUGAGAACACCAAAACAGUGAGUCAAUGAAGGACGAUGGCAUCUGCUGAACAGCAUUAUGACACACGAGAUGAGAUGGAAGAAGACAAGCUGAAACACAAGGAAGUCCAGAUGAGCAGCAGCGCUCACAGUGGAGUCAGUGUUGAUCUGACUGCUGAAACAGGAGCAACUGUAAAUGCUCCUGUACUCACUGGAAACACCAUCACAGGCCCAGUGACCUUCAUCUACAACACUGCAAGAAAUGGCUCAACUGAAGAGGACAGUAAAGCUGCUCUUCAUGAGAUCAGCCGCAGACUGAAGGACAAAUUAAAACAGGAGUGUGAGCGAAUAUUGGUUGGUAAUUCUCAGACGGGUCAUCAGAAAUACCUGAACGAUAUUUACACUGAUCUAUAUGUGGUGAAUGAGACUGGAGGAAUAGUGAGUGAGCAUGAGGUGAGACAGAUCGAAUUUAAACAUUUUGAUGCCAAGGACACGCCGAUCCAGUGCAAUAACAUUUUUAAAGUCCAUGACGGUCGACGAAACAGAAAAGUCCUGAUGAUGGGCAUCGCAGGGGUAGGAAAAACAGUCUCCGUCAAUAAAUUCAUCCUUGACUGGGCUGAAGAAAAAGAAAAUCAGGAUAUUGCCUUAAUUUUUCCUCUUCCAUUCCGUCAGCUAAAUUUGAUCACAAAUAACUGCAGUCUCAUGGGACUGCUUCACAAAUGCUUCUUUAGUGAUCUUAAAGAUCUGUCCUCUCUUCCUGAUGGUGAUGGUAAAAUCAUGUUCAUCUUUGAUGGGCUGGAUGAAUGUCGCUUCCCUUUGAACUUUAAAAAGGAUGACAGAUUCACAGAUGUUCACAAAGAAACAACAGUGAGUAAGAUAGUUACAAGCCUUAUCAAGAGACAUCUGUUUCCCUCUGCUCUCAUCUGGAUCACAUCCAGACCAGCAGCAGCCGGUCUGAUACCCCGAGACUACAUUGAUCAAGUGACAGAAGUGCGAGGAUUUAAUGAUGAGCAGAAAGAGCAAUUCUUCAAAAAUAACAGCAGUCCUGGGGUUUCUGAAAUCAUUUUCCAUCACAUAAGGAAAUCUAGGAGCCUGUACAUCAUGUGCCACAUCCCCGUCUUCUGCUGGAUCUCUCUCACUGUUCUUCAGCCUCUACUAGUUCGAGACAGCAAUGACAAAAUACCAACAACCCUCACAGGGAUGUACACAAACUUCUUACUUACUCAGCAGCAACAGAUGAAAGCAAAAUACAGUGAUGAUUCUGAACCUGAAGCCAAUGCCAGGUCUUUUGAUCAGAUUAUUCUGAAGCUUGGGAAACUGGCCUUCCAACAGCUGGAGAAAGGAAAUCUGAUUUUCUACAAAGAAGAUCUUGAGGAAUGUGGACUAGAUGUCAGUGAAGGGUCGGUGUUCUCUGGCUUAUGCACUCAGAUCUUUCAGGAGGAAAAUGCUGUUUCAGCAAGAAACGUUUACAGCUUUGUACAUCUCAGCAUGCAGGAAUUCCUUGCUGCUCUCUAUGUGUUUUUUCUUAACAAACACAAGAAAGCAAACCCAUUUCUUAAAUCAUGGAAAAAGCUGACAUGUAAACUCUCCACGAGGCCACUGUUUAGACUCCAUAAGGCUGCAGUCGAGAAGGCUUUGCAAAGCAAGAACGGACACCUGGACCUUUUCCUUCGGUUCCUUAUGGGUCUCUCUCUGGAAUCCAAUCAGAGAGACCUGAAGGAACUACUGCCAAGACUGGAAAUAAAAACAGAGAAGAUUACAGACACUGCUACCUAUAUCAGACAAACAAUAGAGACAGAGAAAUCAGUGGAAAGAACCAUCAAUCUCUUCUACUGUCUGAGUGAACUGAAAGAUGACUUUGUGGAAGAAAUCCAGAAGAACCUGAGCUCAGGAAAUCUUUCAGUACAGAAUCUCUCCUCUGCUCAGUGGUCAGGUCUGGUGUUUGUGCUACUGAUGUCAGAAGAGACUCAAGAGAAGUUUGAACUGCAGAAAUACAGAAGAUCUGAUGAAGCCGUCACGAGACUGCUGCCAGUGAUCAAAAACACCAGAAGAGCACUGCUACAGUGCUGUAAUCUCACUUUUCAGUGUUGUGAGAGUUUAUCUUUAGUUCUACAAUCCUCAAUCUCUGUCCUGAGAGAGUUGGACCUGAGUAACAAUGACCUGCAGGAUUCAGGAGUGAAAAUUCUUUCUGAUGGACUGAAGAGUACACACUGUCAUCUGCAGAUACUGAGAUUUCCCAUAUGUAAUCUCACGGCUCAGUGUUGUGAGAGUUUGUCUUCAGUUUUACAAUCAUCAAACUGUGUUCUGAGAGAGCUGGACCUGAGUAACAAUGACCUGCAGGAUUUAGGAGUGAAGCUUCUUUCUGAUGGACUGAAGAGUCCAAACUGUCAGCUGGAGAUAAUGAGGUUGUCUGGCUGUAUGGUGACAGAGGAAGGCUGUCGUUAUAUGUCUUCGGCUCUGAGUUCGAACCCCUCACACCUGAAAGAGCUGGAUCUGAGAUACAAUCACCCAGGAGAUUCAGGAGUCAAACUGCUCACUGAUAAACUCAACCAUCAAAACUGCACACUCGAUAAACUCAAUGUGGACCAUGGGGGAGAGUUCAGGAUUACAGCAGGACUACACAAAUAUUCCCAUCAGCUCACUCUGGAUCUGAACACAGUGAAUAAACGCCUCCAUCUGUCUGAGGACAACAGAGUGAUUAUUGAUACUCUCACAGAGCACUCAUAUCCUGAUCAUCCAGACAGAUUUGAUGUGUAUCAGCAGGUGUUGUGUCGAGAGAGUGUGAGCGAUCGACGCUGUUACUGGGAGGUUGAGUGGAGUGGAGAUUAUGUGUCUAUAUCAGUGUCAUAUAAGAGCAUCAGCAGGAAGGGAGGGGGUUAUGAGUGUGUGUUUGGACGUAAUGAUCAGUCCUGGAGUUUGAUCUGCUCUCGCUCCAGUUUAUCAUUCACACACAAUAAGAUAGUGACUGAUCUCCCUGUAAAGCCCAUCAUCAGUAGAAUAGGAGUGUAUGUGGAUCACAGUGCAGGAACUCUGUCCUUCUACAGAGUCUCUGGAGACACAAUGAGACACAUCCACACAGUCCAGACCACAUUCACUCAACCGCUCUAUCCUGGGUUUAUGCUUGGUUUACUAUCAUCAGUGAAACUGUGUUGAUGAAUCUGAAUAGAUUGUAGAGAGAUUCUAUCCAUAAUGCUUUGAGUUACACGAUAAAUCAAUAAAGUGAGAUGUAAUAGUCUCUUAUUUUCUCUUCAUUACAUUAAUACUGCAGCUGAACUUCUGUCACUGAAAUAUCAUGUCAGAAUAAAUGUGUGUGAUGAUGAGUGAUGGUGUGUAUCUGCUUUUCUCAGCCUCUACUUGUGCUGAUGGAAAUCAGUUUUUUAUUGUAGUGUCUCAUCAAUCUCUAUUAUUACUGUCAAAAUUACCUUUCAGUUGAAAAGUACUUUUCACAAACAUGAUUCAUGAAGAACAUGUCAUUGUCAUUUUUCUCUAUUCAAAUAAUAAAACACAAUGAGAUCAGAUUGUAAUUGAAAUGUCUGAAUGCUGUAUGAAUCAUCAGCCACAUGUGAAAUAUUAUCCAUUCCUUCAAGAGAGUUUUUGACAUUUAAUAACAAUACCUUAAUUACUAAAAAUACAUAAUCUGAUUGUCACAGUUAUGUUUUUUAUUCACAGACUUUUAGUAUGUUUUAAUUAGUUUCCUGUUACUUUUGUUCAGUUUUCCGAUCAGUUGUGUUUUUUUAAAGACACAGAGUAUGGAUAUUUCAUGUCAAAUAUACUUUUUAUGCUAAAAUUUAAAAUAAACAUUAAAUAAAAAAACAAAAAUGUGCAACAUGUACUCAUAUAAAAAUACACUUUACAAUCAGGGUUUCAUUUGUUAACAUUAGUUAAGUGCAUUACUUAAAGGGAUAGUUCACCCAAAAAUAAACUUCUGUCAUCAUUCUGUCACAAACUUCUUCUCUCACCCUCAAGUUGGUUUAUAUUGUCAUAUAAUUCAAAUAAUGUAAAUUGUUAGGCUGCAUAGAUUAGGUCAGCCGGAUCCGGGAACACUUCCCAUAACACCUGAUGUACUCAAUACAUCAUAAGAAGAAUGGCGUCUACGCUAAUAUUAGUCUCUCUCUGUUUACCCCGAGGUUUGCCACAGCCUGCCAGAUCCAGGCCGUAUCCAGAUGAGAUGAAGGAUCUGCACGUUUCAACUAAACUAUCCCCUGCGAAGGCCUCCUUCCUUUUCCUUUCCCUAUGUAUAGAUAAAACGUUAUCAAAAUUAUUCCAGUUCGCAUAUAUCCGCAGACACAACUAAUUUUUCUGUAUUAUGCGGACCAGACAAGUAAUUUGGCAAAUAUCUUUUUAAAAAAAAAAAAAAAAAGACCAAGCUUCUGCGCACAUACACACUCAAACACGCAAACCUAUGGACUAAACACGUAAAUGAACGGCAAGAAUGCAUUAAAGGUAUUCAGGUUUUUUCAGUAGGAAAGGUGUCAUUUAAGCAGCCCCUAAAGUAAUAGUUAACCAUUUUUACAAUGGAAGUGAUUCAAUCAAAAACCAACUUUAGCUCGAUAAUAAUUUUCCUAUUGUCACUGUGAAGCUGCUUUGAAACAAUAUGUAUUGUGAAAAGUGCUAUAUAAAUGAAGAUGACUUGACUUGACUUAACACUGCAUUUCUGAGCACUCCUAGUUUAUCUGUUUUAUGGUCUUGACCCUGUUGCCUGUUUUCUUGCUUAUCCCCAUUCGCCUGUCUCUUGGAUUAACCUGUCUGCCUGUGUUCCUGUGUCCUGUUAUUGGUUGGACUGUUUACCCGGUGUAUGACCUUUUGCCUGUUUUUGACUACGAUUGUGGAUUACUGUUUCAAUAAAACUGCAUUUGGAUCCUCAACCUUUGAGUCUCUGAGCCGUAUGUUACACUAAUUUCAAAUGAUCAUGAGGAUUUUUUUUUAUGGUGUUCUCCUUGGCAUAUACUACCCAUCAUCCAGCAUCUUUGUCUCAGUGUCCCCCUCCUGUUACUACCCAUCAUCCAGCAUCUUUGUCUCAGUAUCCCCCUCUAGUUACUACCCA